AUGGAGUAUGCCGUGAGUAAUCGCAAUGGCAAAAUUUGGCUUUUUUGGAACAUGGACAUUGAUUGUGUAAUAAUAGAGGAAGAUGAGCAACAAAUUACUUGUGACAUUGGCCAUAAUGAACUUCAAAAUCACUUCACUAUUACAUUUGUGUAUGCCAAGUGCAAAGAUCACCUCAGAAGACCAUUAUGGGAUAGAAUGUUAUAUCAAGCUGCUGAAAAUAACAAGCCUUGGUGCUCAGUGGGUGAUUAUAAUGUUAUUACUUCUAUUGAAGAAAAGCUGGGAGGAGUCCCGUACAACAUGAGAAAAAGUCUAGAAUUCAUUGCUGUAAUCGAAGCUUGUGGUUUGGUGGAUUUAGGCUUCAGUGGACAAAAAUUUACUUGGUCCAACAAUAGGGGCAUACAACAGAGAAUAUGGAAAAGGCUGGACAGAGCUUUAGUUACUGAUUCAUGGCUGGAAAGGAUGCCUCAGACUACCAUCACUCACUUACCUUCAGUGGGAUCUGAUCACUGCCCCCUGCUGAUGGAAAUGACUGCUAGGGAAGAGGAUCAUAUCAGGACUGUAGAGGGGAACAACAUGUGGAGAUUUCACCAGAAAUUGAAAAGGUUGUCCAAUACUCUUAGCAACUGGUCCAGAAGGGAAUUUGGUGACAUUUUCACUAAAGUCAAGGAGUAUGAAGAAAAGGUCAGAAAUGCAGAAGAGAAACUGAUUCAAGAGAACAGUGGUACCAACAGGACAGCCCUUCAUGAGCUUAAUGCAGAAUACAUUAAAUUUUUGAAGUUGGAAGAUUCUAUUUUGAAACAGAAAACCCAACUACAAUGGUUCAAGGAGGGGGAUGCCAACACUAAAUACUUUCACUCCUUGAUAAGAGGGAGAAGAAGAAGGUUGUUUAUUCACAAGCUUAUCGGAGAUGAUGGGAAAUGGUUACAGGGAGAUGAUACUAUUGCUAAGACUGCCUGUGAUCAUUUCCAGAAUAUCUUCACAGGGGACAAUAAGUUCAUUAAUGAAGGGAACAUUGGUUGUAUUCCUAGGAUGGUCAAUCAGGAGCAGAAUGAUAGCCUCACUACAAUGCCUGAUCUGGAAGAAUUAAAGGAGGUAGUGUUCUCAAUGAACCCUUAUUCUGCAGCUGGUCCGGAUGGGAUAAAUGGUUAUUUUUUUCAGAAAUGCUGGCCUAUUAUCAAACAUGAUCUCCUUGGUGUCAUUCAAGCUUUCUUUUGUGGUCAAAUGAUCCCCAAAUACUUCUCUCACUCUUGCAUUAUUCUUCUUCCUAAGGUGAACAACCCCAAUAAGAUCACAGAAUUCAGGCCCAUAAGCCUUAGUAACUUCACUAGCAAGAUCAUAUCUAAACUAGUAAGUUCUAGACUAAGUCCUAUCCUACCUAACCUGGUUUCCCUCAACCAAUCUGGUUUUGUCAAAGGGAGAAGUAUAUCAGAAAACAUUAUGCUGGCCCAAGAGAUUAUCCAUCAGAUUAAGAAACCAAAUAUUGGUAGUAAUGUUAUUAUUAAACUGGACAUGGCUAAAGCAUACGAAAGGGUUUCUUGGUCCUAUAUAUGCUUGGUGUUGAGAAGAAUGGGGUUAGGGUUUCUUGGUCCUAUAUAUGCUUGGUGUUGA